CAUGUUCACCGACGGCAUGUCGAGGCUGGCCGUGGGGGUCAGCCUCAUGGUGGCGCUCAGCCUCGCGCUGUUCCUCACCAUCGUGGUGCUCCUCCUCGCCGACCUCUUCUGCGCCCACCUGCGCCGGCGGCGGAUGCGCGCGGAGGAGGAGAUGCUGUCCCGGCGGCGCCCCAAGCUCGGGCUGGCGCUGUCCCCGCCGCGUGCCGCCACGGGCGACGAUGACGCGGCGUCGGUGGCGACGGCGACCACCACGGCGCACGAGGCGCUGUCCAGCACCCCGCCGUUCUACUACGCGCACGGCGUCAUGCAGGCGGCGGACACCAAGGACCUCCUCCUCGCGAUCCCCAAGCUGGAGUCCGCCGUGUGGAGGUGGUCGCCGGCGCGGCGCUCGUCGCUGUCCUCCAGCUCCUCCGCCAACAGCGACGACCGCUUCGUGUGCAUCUCCAACCCGGUGUACGAGCGGGGCGCCGCCCAGGCCGCGGCGGAGGCGGGCGGUGGUGCCGACACGCCGUUCGAGACGCCCGACGCCUCGCCGUCGCCGAUUGGGAUCACGGAGGAGGUGGAAGAGGAGGGCGAGUACUCGCCGCCUCUGUCCGUGAUGAGGAAGCUGCCGCCAUUGGGCGUCGUGGCGUGUCCCCCGCCAUCGAUGGGCUUCAUCGAUGGUCGACCGUCUCUGGGCUUCACUGAUGGCCGGCCAUCGCUGACGGCGUGGUCGGGGACGGUCACCGACACCAACCGCGCUUCCUCCUCCUCGUCCAAUCUGACUGCUCACUUCUUUUCUUCCUGGUCACCAAAGUGAUAGAUCAUCAUGUAUGCAAUAUGGUGGUAUUGAUGUAGCCGUAGCUUAGGAUGCAGUGCUUAUUUUUUAGCUAGAACUCGAUUAAUUCAUUGAUUUUUCUCUAUUUAAUCUGUUCUGUUGCAUGUACUUCGAUUUGCUGUGUUUCGCUGAUUUUAUG